AGAAAGAUUAUAUUCACGACUACCCCGCAAUUAUCCCGCCAGGCUUAAUUUACGUGACAUCUAUUAAACAUAACCCAAGUUAUCGAACAAAACAUUCCUUUCUUAAGUAUUAUUUUCCUGAGGAUUUACCAUCAUCAAUAGACGCUUCCACUCUUUUAACUGAUCUAUCUUUGACAGUUGAUGCAUCAGGACAGAUGAACAACGGCGAACUUGAUGACUCGGGGAAGAUUAAAGUUCUGAAGCAACAGGUUUACAAUCUUCAGAACGAUAUUGCAGAAAAGGAUGCCAUACUCAUCACAGUACAGGAGCAGCUUGGUAAACAUCCACAGAACGGUAUAACGCAGAGCGAAUCUACUACCGGAAGGGUUAUUGAGAAAUUACAGGCGGAAAUAGAUUAUUUGAAAAAAGAACUUGCAGAAUCAAAAACCCAGAUUCAUAUUUCCAAGGUGGCCCGUGAAAGAUCCGAAAGACAAGUACAAGAACACUUGGGAUCACACCAGACCUUAAGGCUUGAAAUUGAUUCUUUGAAGCGAAUGCUCGAAAGGAAAGAGAGACAAACCAAGGAAUUAGAAGAAUCAUCGAAAGAUAUUGAGAAAAAGAAUUUAGACAUGAAGUUUGAGCGUGAUAACGCUAAAACAAAACUUCGUCAAUCAGAGCUAAAAGUAUCUGAUCUGGAACGAAAAUUACAAGAGGCUUUAGCAGCCAAGGAGAAGUCGGAGUAUGAAUACACACUCUUGUCCAAAGAAAUGCAAAAUUUUAAAACUCGAUAUACAAAAGAUGUCGAAGUUGUCAAAAAAGAAUUUAAAACUCUUCGUGAGGAAAUGAGUUCAACUUCACGGCAAUUAGAAGAUGUAGUUUUGAUGACCAGUGUUCGCAUAGAAGAAUUGACAACAGAGCGCAAUGAUGAAUUAAGCAAUUUAGAGUCAACACAUUCUAAGUUACGAGAGAACCAAGAAAAAUGUGCUGCAAAAUUAUUGAAUGAAAUUGAAGCCAUGAAGAGAGAUGUACAAUCUUCUAGUCAAAAGACUAACGAAUAUUCCGAGCAAGUAGCAAAAAUGAAAGGUGAAAUAACGGGAAAAUUAAAUUGGUUGAAGCGUAUUGAAAAAGUACAUAAAGUACAUACAUAA